CAGGCACACCUCUUCUGAAACAGCUUCAUAACUAUGUAAUUUAAAACUUAAAGUGUGAGAGUGAGCCAGUUCUGCAAAUAAGUCAAAGAAGUUGGGAGCAGAAAAAAACCAAGAUGAAUGCAUCUGGAGGAAACUGUGGGAGCCCCAGUUCUGCAGAACCUGCUGGAGAUUUCUUCAAGGAAUUGUGGUCCAAACUGAAAGAAUGUCAUGAUAAAGAAGUACAAGGCUUACAGCUGAAAAUAUCUAAGCUGAAAAAGGAAAGAUGCUUGGAUGCAGAGAGGCUUGAAGAGUUUUAUACCAAGAACCAACAGCUCAGAGAACAGCAAAAAGCACUUCAUGACACUAUCAAGGUUUUAGAAGACAGAUUAAGAGCGGGAUUAUGUGAUCGCUGUGCUGUAACUGAAGAACAUAUGAGAAAGAAGCAGCAAGAGUUUGAAAAUAUCCGGCAGCAGAAUCUUAAACUUAUCACUGAGCUUAUGAAUGAAAAAAACAACUUACAGGAUGAAAAUAAAAAGAUAACUGAACAGUUCCAGCAAUUACAGAAGGAGUUGGAGGAGCGAAAGCAACAAGCAGUGGAAUUAGAAGAAGGUGUCAUUCCAGAUUCUCCAGUUCUGACUUCUUCGUUUUCUAUGGUUAAUCGUAUGAAAAGAAAAAAAGAGAAUAGGCAUAUCCGAUACACAGAACAUACACACCCAGAUUUGGAACUUGCAGAAAGCAAUGGUGAGUUUGGAAGAAUUCCACUGUAUACCACACAAGUGAACAGUCACCACGGAGAAGAGGUAUUAGUGGCAGAUACCUGUGAUCCGCAACUGUCCCCUGUACCAAAUAAACCAAGGAUGGGAGGCUAUCCUGUUCCAAAGCCAUCUUUUAACUUGGCUGCAGUCGUGGCAGAAACAAUUGGACUUGCUGUUCAAGAGGAAUCUGAGUCCCACAGUGUUCUGAGUCCUCCCCACACUAAUGCUGUUAUGAGCCAGGCCCCAGAGAGCAUGCAGUCUGAAGACUCAAGAAAACAUCCAGCUUCUGAAUCAAGAAAUGAUGGCAACAAUUUAGGUCUUUCAGAUCCAUCUCAGAACACUCCACCACAUGCUGACUGGGAUUCUCAGGUAGCCUCUCCUGUUUUUGGAGCUUCUAGCAGUGUGAAGAACAACUCAAGUACAAGUCAUGCCUCUUGUAUUUUAGAUUCAGGAUUGAAGCCUAAUCUCAAAACCAACCUCUUCAACCAUCCUUCCAGUUCCAGAUCUCAUAAAAGUAGAUCAAAAUCUGAAGAUGUUGCUUUUGUUGCACCACUGCAUCUUGGAACUGAAAUCAACUCAGUUAUCAGCCAGGCCUCUAUCAAUAGGCAAAUGGUUGUGAAAAAGAAUACUAAUGAGGCUGUAACCUGUGUUGGAAACACUUGUGCAACUAAAAAUGAGGUGAUCAAGAGCGAAUUCCUUCUCAUGCACCAGAGGCAGUUAGAAAGCAGGUGUGCUAAGAGAAAGAAAGCUGAAGAUGAGCCUGCAAUUAACUGUGAAAAAACAUCCUUCAACAAAGAGAAUUCUAUGCCCUUUCAAUCAGAUGUUCAGCAUAUUAAUGGGGAACAUACAGUUGAUAAGCCCUUGGAUCUCUCUGAUCGCUUCUCUGGAGUUCGUAGUCAAGACAAAAAGCAAGGAAGUGAGGAGACCUGUAAAAAUAGACUGAAACAGGUGACUCUGCAUGACAUUUUUUCACAGCUAGGGAAGCCCAUUCCUGAAGGUUCAUCGUCCAUUCAAAAUGCCAACAAUGAGAACUGUUUGUUUGGCAGAGAGUUACAAGAGGAAUCCCGUGUACAAGAGGCAAUGCUGGGAAAAACAUUCCCAGAUAAGAAAAACCAGAUCCAAAUGAAAGAAGAAGUUCCUCCCUUCAAAAUUGCACCACCACCAUGUUCUCCAGACACAGAGAAACUUUUUGAUCAUGUGCAGGUUGCCAGUGGCCAUGUACCAAAUAGAAAGAAAACAAGGACAGGACAUGGAGAGUCUGAACCAGCAUCUGUACUUCAACCAAACCCUUGUAGACUGUCAAAAAAUAAAUCACUGCAAAAUGAGCCAGACCUGAAAGAUAAACCUUUAGAAAACCUCCAGUGGAGCAUAGACCCAGGAGCUGACCUUUCACAGUACAAAAUGGAUGUUACUGUGAUUGCUACAAAGGGUGGUUCUCUGUCAAAAGUCGAAGGGGAAGUUGUUGAUAUGGAUUAUACAUAUGUUAGUGAUAGUGUGCUAUUAAAAAUGAAAAAUCAAGAGCAAAACCAGGAAAGCAGUCCAAGAGGAGAAAAAAAAAUGAAUGAUACCUUAACAGAAAUGUUUGAUCGGACAACCCAUGAAGAGUAUGAAUCCUGCCUACCAGAAGAUAGUCCUCUUGCAUGUGAUGAAAAAGAAACUCUUCAUGAUGAAGAGCAGGAUAAGGGAGUAACAGCAGCAAGCAAGAAACUAAAGAAACAUGAGGAUAAACAAGAUAAAGCCAAACAGAAAGCUUUUGUGGAGCCAUAUUUCAAAAGUGACGAACGAAAGAAGACUGUGUUAGAUUUUCCUCAUAUUGAGGUUAUUCGAAAAAAAGAAGAAAGAAGAAAAUUGCCUGGCCAUACUUGUAAGGAAUGUGAAAUAUAUUAUGCAGACAUUCCAGAAGAAGAGAGAGAAAAGAAACUAGCUUCCUGUUCAAGACACAGAUUUCGCUACAUUCCUCCAAAUACUCCUGAAAACUUCUGGGAGGUUGGAUUUCCUUCUACCCAAACUUGUGUGGAAAGAGGAUAUAUUAAAGAGGAUCUUGCUCCCUGUCAACGUCCAAAAAGACGGCAGCCUUAUGCUGUAAUGUUUUCUCCAAAAGGCAAAGAGCAGAAGACAUAAAGGAUGGGGAAGUAAGGCACGCUGACUUGAAGAGUAUCUUUCCUGUCCUUAGAUAUUUAUAGUUAAUAUAAACUUGAAAUAAAGAACUGUGUUUUCCACAAUGAUAGAUAAAUCAUUUCAUUAAAUAUGUAAAUUUUAUAAAAUUCAUUUGAAAAUCUGAUGUACCAGGAAACAAAACUAUUUAAUGUACGUUUGUUUCAUAUUGUGUUAAUACAUUUUGUAUUAAUUUUUGCACCUG